AUGGUCAACAAAUCAGUUCAUGGUAUUAUUAAGUGGCAGUAUUUGGCUUGCAGCAGACAAGGCUCUAAGAAUUUUAUACCUGGUGAUGCAUCCAAAUCAACUGAAGUGUCUGUUAAGAAGCAUGGCAUGAGCAAAGGGUAUGAGGUUUAUCAGUUUGUUGAGUAUCAUAAUCACUUAAUGGUUGCGGAUGAGCAUAGGCAUUUUAUGACGGCCAAUCGCAGUCUGGAUCAUAUCCGUCGGAGGUUUAUGGAGGAUUGUGGCAGGUGUAAUAUUGGUCCCACACUCACAUUCAAACUUCUGAAGGAGAUAAUGGGUGGACCUGAAAAUGUUGGAUAUGCUCAAAUGAUUUUUGAUUAUAUGCGUUCUCAAAAGGAAUCAUCUGAUGCCUUCUAUUAUGAAAUUGAGAUAGGAUCUCAGGGAAAGUUAACUAAACUCUUUUGGGCUGAUGCUAUUUCAAGACGAAAUUAUCAUAUGUUUGGAGAUAUAAUUUCAUUUGACUCAACAUACAGCACUAACAGGUAUUGCAUGAUUUUUGCUCCAUUCACUGGAAAAGAUAAUCAUUCCAGAGCAGUUACAUUUGGAGCUGGAUUGUUAUCAAGUGAAGGUAGAGACUCAUAUGCUUGGUUGUUUGGCUGUUUUGUUCGAUGUAUGGGGGUAGCACCCAAAUUGAUUAUCACUGAUCAAGAUUGGGGGAUGAAACUUGAUGUUGAACAAGUACUUUUACAAACAAGGCACCGAUGGUGCAUGUGGCAUAUUAUGGUUAAGGUGUCAGAUAAGUUGCCCAAAUCCUUGCUUGGUAAUGAAGAUUUCAAAAAAGAGUUGAAUGCAUGUGUUUGGUCUGAUUUGUUAGAGCCUAAUGAGUUUGAUAUAAUAUGGAAUGAUAUAAUGGAACGGUAUGGAUUAGAAGACGUGAACUGGUUUGGAUCAAUGUUUGAAGAUAGAGAAUUCUGGGUUCCUGCUUAUUUCCGAGAUUUUCCCAUGCGGUCGCUUCUUAGGACUAUAUUGAUGUCUGAAUCAGAGAAUAGCUUUUUUAAAAACUACACAAAGCCUCGUGCAAAUCUUGUACAGUUCAUCAAUUUCUUUAACUGUGUUGUGGGAGAUCAAAGGAAUGCCAAUUCACGAUUGAACUACUUGGAUUACUCAACUAUUCCUUAUUUGUCAACCCAAUUGGCUAUUGAGAAGCAUGCAUCUACAAUCUACACUGAUUCUAUUUUCAAACAUGUACAACAGGAAAUAAGUAUGGUAUGUGAGAUUGUUUCGAUAACUGUUGAGGAUAACAUCAAGAUGCAAAAGGUCAAGGACCAAUAUGGUAGAACAUGGGAUGUUAAGUAUGAUUGUAAGCAAGACACAUUCGACUGUAGUUGUAAGAAGUUUUCCAGAAUUGGUUUGUUAUGCUGUCAUAUAUUUUGUUUGUUGAAGAAAUAUUUUGGUCGAAGGUGGUUGAAGAGCUCUUUACUAAAGGCAGCCCAUGGUCUACCAUCUGAGGAGAUACAACCAUUUGAACAUUUGGAUGAAAAGCAAGAAGAUAAGAAAAAGUUGUUCUUCAACUUUUAUCGAUUAGUCCAAAAGUCUGAGGGAAUCAUUGAAAAGAAAAAGAUGGUUGAGGAAUUUUAUGGAAUGGCAGUACCUGAUGUAGUUGAUGUACAUCCUCCAGAUGUUGUUAGAACCAAAAGAUCAGCUAGUGACAAAGUAUCAAAGAGGGAGAGUGCAAUAAGGAAAGCAAAUAAGCCUCUACGACGGUGUGGAAAGAACAUUGGUAAUGAUGAUGCUGCUGCUGAUGAUGAUAUACUAUAG